AUGCAAAGUGACACUUGCGGGCAUUUUGAGUCGCUACUCGAGAGGGAUGUGCCAGCGAAGCGGGCCAAACACGAGGACGUGGGUCUCUGCGGUGAGGUUUUGGGACGAGCAGCACCGGCCUUAUCAGAGGACUAUCACACUAAUCUCGGUGUUGGAAGAGUUCCGCGCGCUUCUAAAACCAAUGAUCAUUAUGACUGCAGGUCCUCUUCGCUUUCAUCGACCAUGAAAACUGCGACAACUUCAUCGUCAUCUUACUCGUCACGCUCCCUGUCGCCCGUUUCUCCCCACACGCUUUCGAUUCCACUCCAUAUACUGAGCCGCAUACAGAGCGGUAACAAUAGUCAUGUGUUUUUGGCGCGGAGAGUUUCUGGCAGUGAAUUUGCACUUGCAGAAGAACGUGAGGCGGCUCCUCGGGAAAAGCGACACAUCUCACCUAGCCCGCCUCCGCAAUGCCGAGAAGCAGAUUGGAAUGGGAUCGAUGCUGGAAGUGCCAUGACCGUAGACGAUACAAGUAUGGCAGUGAAGUUUGUCUCGCCAUCGUCUCGUCACAUGCGGCGUGAGAUAUUUUGCUUGAGGUAUUUGGAUACCUUUCAUGGGGGUGAGAAGGUGGAGGCGCACGAUGAAGUUAAUGAAAUCAUUAAUGAUGAUCAAUUCACGGCAACUUUGUUUACGUCUGUGCGUUCUUUACCGCCCCCCUCUCCAAAGCUUCUUUUUACUCAAGAGUUAGGGCGAUACGUCGCAAUUGGCUUAGAGCUCCUGGGGCCUGACCUGUUUGCCUUCACAGAGCAGUUCAUCUUGCAUGAGGAGGAGUUGUGCCUCGUAGGGAUUGAGCUCUUGCGGACGCUUAGCGCAAUUCACCAGCGGGGCGUUACUCACCGCAGUGUCAAACCCGAGAACUUCUGCUGGAACUCCAAGGAGAUUCUGAACAAUAAUCUGAAUAAAAAUUCAGUUAGGCAUGAUACUAACGGUAUACCAAACACCGUUGAAUAUCCUUUUUUUUUCAUGUUUAAAAUCAUUGAUUAUGGUCGUAGUAGUGUCAGCAGCGGUGCCUCUGCGUCUAUGUCUCCCUUGUACGAACGACCGUACAGGGGGUGGUGGCAUAGUCGACGUGGCUUUUUGGGAAAGCCAAUGGAGCAGAAGGAUGAUUUGAUGGGGGUUGUGCACACCAUUGGUUAUCUUCUGGACGAUUAUGGCAGUAAUGAGGGAACGUCGAGUGUGUCAUCGCGAUUGCCUUCUGCGAAACGAACGGACAGCUCGCAGUGUGACCUCACCACCACAACCACAACGGCAAGUACUGUGACAACUCCAUCUUUUCUUGCAGGAAAAUUGUCUGCAGAAGCUUCUGCUGCGGCCAAUUGCUGUAACGAAAAAAACGGAAGUUCACGCCAACAAUCUGUGAGAAGUGAGGCACAUGAUAGUCCAUCAAGUGGCACAGUGUCAGGUGAUGAAAACGUUUCAAGGUCCCAUAGACGCUCGUAUUCUUCAUGGCGACGUCAGUUUGCCGACAGGGUUGCCAUUGCAUAUGAGGCUGCGUCAAAAAAGUAUCGCCAGCUUUUUGGUCGUAAACAAAAGAAGGGAGAGACAUGUGUUCAAAAGAAAAAGUUUUCCCGGUUGGAGCCCAACUCGCUAAAUGCUGUUGAUCGGCGGAACGCUAAGCGGGCCUGGAUUGUCUGUCAUGUUGAGACCGAGUAUCUGCCGGCGAUAUUGCCGGACAACUACUACCCUACUAGCAUGCCUCAAUGGUGGGUAGAGUGGUUUGCCGCGUGCAACGCGUGGUGCGGCGAUGACACUGUGACUGCAGCGGAAAUGACGGUAUGGAUGAUGAAGGGACUGCAGCGGCAGAUUGAGAAGAUGGGAGAAACUGUUGAGAAUCUGCGGCAUACCCUACAGAACCUAUACGUGCGAUACCACGAGGGUGAGAAAGUCUCUUAA